AUGCUAUUUGUACCAAUCAAGAAGUAAUUUAUCCUGCUAAUCUGGAAGUUGCCGACACUCACAAAACCUCAAUCAACAACAAUCUUAUUAAUGAAUGCCGCCAAAGAUUAUAUGGCUUGAACCUGACUGAAGCAGAUUACUAUGCUAGAUCUCACUUGUAUUUGCCAUAGCUAUACCAUGUUUUAGAAAGAAUGGAGUAGCAAGUCAUCAUUCGUGAGCCAAUGUUGUCGCACACCGUCUGAUUUCUAAUACACCAUCAACAAGGACAUGUAACUGGGAAGCUCUGCGUUAUAUAUUUCGGAACUUUGAGGCAAUUAAAGACUAUUACACAACCGGGUUGAAAAAGCUCAAAUAUCACGGCUAUAGAAGAAACAAGCAAAAAGCAUUGACCCGAAAUGUGUAAACGGUUGUUUACAGGUAGCAGAAAAUACCAAGAAGGCAAUUCUGAUAUACAGCAAGCAAAUCAGCAAAAGUGGAAACCGUUAGCCCCUAGAGGCAAUGCCGGUGAAGCUGAAAGGCAUACUAGUAGUGGCGUUUGGUUCUGCUCGGUUCGGUGGGCUUCGUAGAAAUGUACCUUCUCCAACAAAGGCAUUCAGAAAAGCCUUGCUAAAUUAUGUCAAAUCAACCAGAUGCAACCAGCCAAAUUCAAGAAAGUACGUCGUUAUGAUUGAUGAGUAUUUCACAAGUCAAGUAUGUCCCAGAUGUCAUACAAGAAGUACUUUCAACCAACGUGAUAACUCCAAUAUGAUGAUCCAUCCAGUUCUCAACUGUCAAACUUGUAAUACUCGAUGGAACACAGAUCACAUGGUGAGCCUCAACAUGCGCUCUAUUUCUUUGUAUAUGGCUGCCAACAACAACAAUCGACCUGAAGAGUUUCGGCGGGGGUAAGCUAUCUUGAUAUUAAUAUAGAUAUCAUUACUUCAUAUACUAACAACAAUAUUAUUAUUUGUGGAAAAAUAGCCUUAACAAUUGAAUAACAUUAUGUUUUGUAUAACAGCAAGACACCCCAUAUUUACAGGUAAGUUGACCUAUUAUUCGCCCAAAAAUUAAAAGUAUCUCAACAUGCUACAUUUCCGUAUCGCUGUCCUACUUUCGUGUCUCUAUCCCA